UGCUUCACCGCCUUGUAGAAGUUGCAGUACUUGGACAUUAAACGCCAUAAGAUCCACAGAUUGAUGAUGGAAGUUAAAAGCAAUCCGCAGAAUAUUUCUCUGUCGCAGAAGCAAAUGGAAUGUGUUAAAGGGAUUUAUUGAAAACAGGAGAUAUCAAGAAACCUUUUUAUUGGCACCCUGGAAAUAGAUGAUCUCAACAACGAACCCGUUAUUGGAACUAUAGAAAUAGGUCUUCUCAUGAAAGAAACCGUUAUUGGAACCUUGGAAAUAGGUGAUCUUAUGGAAGAACCCGUUAUUGAAACCCUGGAAACAGAUGGUUUGGAGAACCUGAAACACAUAGUAGUCCAACAAAGCAGUCUCAUAAACAUGUUGUGAGAGCUCGGAAACAUUUUCUAAAUCGGACGACUUGAAAAGGCACAUGCUCUGUACACAUUCGGGUAAUCUUCAAAAACACAUGAAGACUCACACUGGAUUGAACCUUCAUAAGUGCAUUGUGUGUGAGAAAACAUUUACACAAUCAGUUCAUCUGCAGGCACACAUGAGGAUUCACAGUGGAAUCAAGUCUUAUGAAUGUGUUGAAUGUGGCAAAAAGUUCACACAAUCAAGUAGGCUGAAGGCACACAUGAAGAUUCACAGUGGGAUCAAACCUCAUGAAUGUGUUGUUUGUGAGAAAAAAUUUACACAUUCUGGUAAUCUUCACAAGCACAUGAGGAUUCACACUGGGGUCAAACCUCACCAAUGCAUUGUGUGUAAGAAAACAUUUACACGCUCCGAUAGUCUGCAGAUACACAUGAGAAUUCACAGUGGAAUCAAGCCUUAUGAAUGUGUUGUAUGUGAGAAAAAAUUUACACAAUCACGUGACCUUCGGACACACAUGAGGAUUCACAGUGGAAUAGAGCCUUAUGAACGUGUUGUAGGUGGGAAAAAGUUGAGACAUUCAAGUAAUCUGCAGAGACACAUGAGGAUUCACAAUGGAAUCAAACCUCAUCAAUGCAUUGUGUGUAAGAAAACAUUUACACAAUCCUCUAAUCUGCAGACACACGUGAGAAUUCACAGUGGAAUCAAGCCUUAUGAAUGUGCUGUAUGUGAGAAAAAAUUUAGACAAUCAAGUACUUUCAAGAGACACAUGAGGAUUCACAGUGGAAUGAAACCUUAUGAAUGUGCUGUAUGUGAGAAAAAAUUUGGACAUUCUUGUAGUCUUCAGAAACACAUGAGGAUUCACAGUGGAAUCAAACCUCAUCAAUGCAUUGUGUGUAAGAAAACAUUUACACAAUUCUCUAAUCUGCAGACACACAUGAGAAUUCACAGUGGAAUCAAGCCUUAUGAAUGUGCUGUAUGUGAGAAAAAAUUUAGACAAUCAAGUACUUUCAAGAGACACAUGAGGAUUCACAGUGGAAUGAAGCCUUAUGAAUGUGCUGAAUGUGGGAACAAAUUUAGACAUUCUGGUGAUCUUCAAAAACACAUGAGGAUUCACAGUGGGGUCAAACCUCAAUGCGUUGUGUGUAAGAAAACAUUUACACGCCCCAAUAGUCUGCAGAUACACAUGAGAAUUCACAGUGGAAUCAAGCCUUAUGAAUGUGUUGUAUGUGAGAACAAAUUUGCACAAUCAAGUAAUCUGGAGAGACACAUGAGGAUUCACAAUGGAAUCAAGCCUUAUGAAUGUGUUGAAUGUGGGAAAAAAUUUACAGUAUCAAGUAAUCUACACAGUCACAUGAGGAUUCACAGUUAAAAUCAAAUUUUAUGAAUACGUUGAAUGUGGGAAAAACUAUAAAAUCGUAUCCUAUCUCAUGAUUGACAGCUGAGUUGAAACAAAGGGUAAACAAA